AUUAAUACCCUCCAGUGAUAAACCACAGAGAGAUCACAGGCAUUUGUGCUUCAUCGGUAUAGCAGUUAAAAUGCUGCCACGCCCCUUCUGAAAACGGGGUACCGGUGAUCGCAUACUUAACAUGGUUAACCGUUCAAAUUGCAAUUGGUUUGACAUGACACAUUAUCUGGAAGUUACAGUCGCCCUACACUCCCCCCUGAUCCACAUGCGCUCUGAUCACGGACGAUGCCCGACUGUCGCGGUGAAUUGUGGGCAGUAUUCGGUCCUCCCAGGUUUUCUGUGAUUCUGUUAGCGAACAUAGCUAGCGCUGUAACCCGUUGGAAAAUGGCUGCUUCGGUAGCUUCAACGGGUCUUUCUCCAGGUUUGUGUCCGAGCUUCGCUGUCGUUUGUUCGUUUUUGGAGCGAUAUGGUACUGCUUUGGAUCUCCCCGAAUUAACGUUUCCACAGAUGGAGCGAUACUUGCAGGAGACGUCGUCAGUUCCACAACCUCUCAUUGAGCUCCACGUCAAAUUACUGCGCAAACUCGGCAAGUCAGUUACACCAGACAGAUGGGAAAAGUAUCUUGUCAAGGUAUGUCAGGAGUUCAACAGCACCUGGGCAUGGGAGCUGGAGAGGAAAGGCUAUCCGGAGAUGUCCAUCGAGUGCAAGACUGACAUCCUUAAGUAUUUGUGUGAAUGCCAGUUUGAUGACAACCUCAAGUUUAAGACAGCGGUCAACGAGGAGGACCCAGAGCAGAUGCGUCUCCAGCCGAUUGGUAGGGACAAAGAAGGCCUGUUGUACUGGUUCCAGCUGGACCAAGAUCAGAACGUGCGGGUCUAUGUGGAGGAGCAGGAUGAUUUGGAUGGCUCUUCCUGGAGGUGCAUAGUCAGGACCCGGAAUGAUCUAGCAGACAUUUUGGAACUGCUUAAAGCCAAGAUUGAGCCAGCAAUUAAAGACCAGGAGCGCCCAGAUGGUACAUGUGGCAGCCCUGAAGAGGAGGAGAGGGGCAAAAGGGGGGAAAUAUGCUCCAGUGUUGAUGUAAACCCCCAAGGCGAGGAUAAAAGUGUGAAGAAAGCAGACAAAGUGGAGUGUUCAUCGGAAGAGAACGCCAAGCUACUAGCCAAAGGUGAUGUCACCUCUGCUGACCUCAAAGAAGAAGGUCAGUGUGGGAAUGAAAGUGUUAAACAUCAGAGGUCAGCUGUCCCUGUGAAAGAACGAGAGCCGAAGGAAGAGUCUGACAUGAAGGCCGUUGGUCCUGAGAAGCCCUGGUUGGAGCACACUCCCAUUAUAGACAACAGAGUCAGCACGAUUAAGAGCCUCAUCAAGGACGAGCCAAAGGAUUCUCCCCGACACUGGAACGCAGUGUCUGUCGUCAUGGCACCGGGCUCCGUGAAGCAUGAGCUCCCAGUGAAUAUGGACAAAAAGGAGCAGACAGCCGAGGCCGCGGAGAGGGCCAUGAAGAGUGACCAGCAGGCCAAGAUCCCCCUGAAAAAGAGAGAGCUGAAGAGGAGUGAGGGCUAUGAUGGCGGCCAUUACGGCAGCCUCAACCACAACAGUAACACUGUUGGCAACGAUGCCAACGUGAGCGCCGGGGGCAUUAUCGUUCGCAACCCGGCAGUGUCGGUGCCCGAAGAUCAGCUGAUUGGGAGGGCCGGAGAAAAGAAAACGGCGCCCCCCCCUUUAGUUCCUCACACAGGUACAGAAAGCCCGCAGGUGCCAGGCGGUGAGUUGGUCCAUGAGAAGAUCAGGACCGCUGACCUAAUCAAAAACAUGACAAGGGAGCCAUUUGUGGGGACUGGAGUGAUUAUAAGUCCCAUUGAGAGGAAGACGGGAUUUCCUGAGUCCAACAGCACACCGACGAAGGACAGAAAUGGACUUCACGGAGACACAAAGAUCUUCCCUGCUGAGGGGACACACACUGAGAGCGUAAGGCAGUCGGUCCUGGUUCGGAAGCCCAGGCUCACAGCCGACAGUACCACCGCUCAUCAUUCCAGCAUCAGCACGGAGAGAUCAGCCAAGGUUGAGCGUUCCGAGAGGGAAGAUUCAGCUCUGGCUGGCAAGGCAGCUGUAGGGGACACAGACACUCGGGCCAUGCUGUCCCCGCUUUUACCAAAGCAAGCGGAUGGCGAAAAAAAGGGUAGCGAAGUGAAGUCCGUGAUAUGGUCCAACCCCAUUGGACAGGGCUCACCUAAGGGAAGGGACACACAGGAAACGGCCUCCUCGUCUGGCGGAAAGGUGGACGAAGAGGGUGGCGGGGAAGAGGCAGCCGGAUCGCGCAAAGGUAAGACAGCGACGUUUGCGGACGGCACGGGAGACCAUGUGCCAUGUGGCCUCAAAGCUGAGGAAGAUGACGAAGGCAGAGGGUUGAAAAGCUCUAGAAAGAAGAGAUCGGACAAGGCAAAGGCCAAGGGGAACGCAGGGGAGGAGUGGAACAGGAUACCCCACGACACGGCAGCCAACGACGACGAGGAGGUGUCGUCGGAGCUGCAGAAGGAGGGUAUCCGUUUGAAGAUCAAGAUCCCCCUCCACAGGCGAACUCCUGAGCUCCAGCUGGAGAGGGAGAGGGAUUGGCAAAGGGAACGGGAGAGGUCGGACCUGCAGGCCGGAGACAGGCGCUCGCUCCGGAGGUCCGCUCGAAUCUGCAAGCCCAGUCCCAAGCUAGCGGAGAUUCAGGUCAGGAAGCAGGAGAGGAAACAGCCAGUGCCCCCUACAGCGUGGGAGGGGGAUGAGCACGAAGACCACGAAGCAGAGAAAGCGCUGCAGAAGAGGGACGUCCACAAGAAAACCGACUCGGAUGGACAAGCCAAGACUACCAGGGGUAAACGACGGCACAGGAGGCCUCGUUGGUCGAAAACGCGUUCAAAAAAUCGCAAAACCGAAGGGCCACUAGAGGGAGAUGUGCCGGGUGACAACAAGUCAGAGAGGGACGAGGACAAGAGCGACAUGGAGUCGGAGCGCUCGGACGAGGUGCUGCCCGAGGACGCCUGUAAACGCUGCGGCCUCCCCAACCACCCCGAGCUGAUUCUUCUGUGUGACCUGUGUGACAGCGGCUACCACACUGCUUGCCUGCGGCCCCCCCUGAUGAUCAUCCCUGACGGGGAGUGGUUCUGCCCUCCCUGCCAGCACAAGCUGCUGUGUGAGAGGCUGGAGGAGCAGCUGCAGAAUCUGGACACCGCUCUGAAGAAACGGGAGAGAGCUGAGAGGAGGCGAGAGCGUUUGGUGUAUGUGGGCAUCAGUGUGGAGAACAUCAUACCCAAUCCGUAUGCUGAUCCUGAGGAUGGAAAGCAAGAGAAGAAGAAAGACGCAAAGAAGAAUAAGAGCAUGGAGAGGAGGUCAACACGGAAGAGAAAGUCCAUCAGUUACAGGUUUGAUGACUUUGACGAAGCCAUCGAUGAAGCAAUAGAGGAAGAUGUACAGAGUUCGGAAGGCGCAGGCGUGGGGCGUGGCAAGGACAUGGCCACCAUCACAGGACAGCGGGGGAACGAGGGCGGCAAAGAGAACCGGCGGCCCGCCAAAGCCCCCACCCCCCGCAAGCGCAAGCGCCGCCGGCGACUCAAUGACCUGGACAGCGACAGCACCCUGGACGAGGACGAGAGCGAGGACGAGUUUCAGCUUAGUGACAGCAUGGAGGAGGAGGAUUUUGUGGUCUCUGGGGAUGACGCGGCAAGCGAUGCUGACGGCGCCUCCUGGGACGGUAGUGACUCCGGCAGUGUCGCCAGCGGCCCGGGACACCUGCUCCUGGUCAGGAAAGCUACCGGUAACGGACGGACGCCGAGGACCAGGAGAAUCUCGCAGAGAUCGUCCCGACGACAGAGAGGAUCUUCAGAGGAGGAGCUGAUGGAUUCGGAGGAGGAAGAGGAGGAGGAGGAGGAGAUGGAAACGGAGGGCUCAAGUGAGCUCAGCGACAGCGACGUGGACGUGAGGAGGAGGAGGUCACGGCGGAGUCACACCGCACAGAUCAACUACUGUGAGACUUCGGAGUCCGAGGGGUCGCGCAAAGCCUCCCAGCGUAAAACCCCUCAGCCCGUACGCCGCCGCAGGCUCUCCAGCUCCAACACAUCAGCUUUCUCCAAGGACUCUGAGCCGGAGGAGGAGGCAGCGGAGAGGAGACGGAGGGGCAGGAAGCGGGAGUUCAUUCGGGAGGACUCCAGGCAGAGGCACAAACAGCUAAAACUGAGUCUACAGAGAAGUUCAACCGAGGAGGAGGCAGAGGAGGAAUCGGAUGAGGACGGAGACUCUGACGAAUCCGAGGAGGAAGAGCGACCGGUCCGUAAGAGACUGAACCGCAUAGAGACGGACGAGGAAGAGGACGAGGAUGAGGCUGAGAAAAGGCUGAUGAGAAACGCACACGGAAAGAAGGGCAGUGGCAUCACAGACUACAGGGGGCCCCUUCGAGGCUCGGAGGACUCGUUGCCGAAGCACACUGGCAGAAACGGCAACGUGCCUCACGGCCCGAACAGGUAUAAUGGCCUGGUCCCUCUGAGGCCCACAGCUCAGGACGAAGAUGAGGAGGAAGACGACCUCACUGCGGUCACAGACUUUGUUAACUUUGUUUUUGACAGUGAACAGUUGUCGUGAUGUGCUGAAUAAAUUUAAUAUAUUGUUUUCCUCAUUGCCUUUCACCAAUGCCCACCUCCUAGGUGGACAUCCCAUGGCAGUCACCAUAAUAUCAUGGCGGGGUGUACUGGACCAAUGCAAGCUUCCAGAGGAAUGCCAUGGUGUCUCCUCAUGUGGUGUCUGAAUGCACUGUAGUUCCUCUUUACCAUACAACAGCAUGCACAUCCAGGUUUAGAACAGGGUCUCAGUAAUGUUCAUGUUGUUCCUCUGACAGUAAAGCACUAUGUCAUUUAAGGCCAGUAACGUCAUCUGUAUAACAGGCUUGUUUUCCUGUAGAGACACUUUACACUGUACAUUUUCAGCUUGUAUGUUAGCGAAAUUUUGAAUUGGUGUUUUAGAGAUGUUUUUAGUUUUCUCUGUAAAAAGUUUUUAUAUGAAAAAAGGCUCUAUGGUAAAUCUGUUCAACAGUUUGAAAUUUUGCUAAUCCUGAAAGAUAUUCCUUAAUGCCAGCCCUAAACAUUUUGUCCAUACAUUCAUUCAAUCUGAACCUAACUUUACUGACAUUUUGCCAUCACAAAAGAAAUAAAAGUGCCACAGAAUAUAUAUAAGGCACAUAAUUUAGUCAGAGGAAAUUUAGCAGCUUUAUGGUUUACUUACGUACACGUUUUAACCGCUUCAUUCUAACAUGCUUAACAUUAAGUCUUACUAGUAUCCUCAAAAAGAAAAUCUCAUUCCUAAAUGGAUGUAUUUGUUCAUUUAUGCUAAUGUACACUUUGUUUGCCCAAAAUAUGUGGUUAUGUAGUUGCUUUGACUGUAUGUGUGUGUUUUUUUAACCAUAUAUAAUGUGCCUGUACAGUUGCCCUGGGGCUAAACUAAAAACAAACAAACAAAAAAACCAACAAAAUUAAUUUUAUAGAACUGAAUGCACUUGUCGAAGCACCUUUGAUUGUACCAGAUGUCCCAGCACUAUUCGCAGCUUUUCUUUCUGUACUGUAGGUUUCGACUCUCUUUCAAAAGCACUUUAAAGAAUGAAGUGUCGUUUAACCCAGUUCUCUCAAGGCUGUGCCCUAUCUCUGUGAGUCUAAUUCAAAUAAAACACUACUAAGCCAUUCCCAGUAUACACCACAAGUCCCACAUGUGAAAUGAAUCCUCGAGUGUCAUACUGAAAGUGGCCUUCGCUGUAAGAGGAAUUUUUUUGUGCAAAAAUUCAACUGUUACUUGUUUUACUGUUAAUGUUCAGUCUCCAUACCUAAAGAAAACAACCAAAACAUAAAUAAACUUGACAAAUACAUUG